UUUUUUUCAGUCUUUUUCACCCCUUUCAAGAGGCUGUGAUCCUUGUAGGCAUUUCUGGUCCCAGAGAUGAGUUCCUCCGAAGAAGUGUCUUGGAUAUCAUGGUUCUGUGGUUUGAGAGGGAAUGAGUUCUUCUGUGAGGUGGACGAGGAUUAUAUUCAGGAUAAAUUUAACCUCACAGGACUUGGAGAGCAAGUUCCACACUACAGACAAGCAUUGGACAUGAUAUUGGACCUUGAACCUGAUGACGAUUUGGAAGACAACACAAAUCAGUCAGAUUUAAUUGAACAAGCAGCUGAAAUGUUGUACGGACUUAUCCAUGCUAGAUACACUUUGACUAACAGAGGAAUUGCACAAAUGCUUGAGAAAUACCAGCAGGGUGACUUCGGACAUUGUUCAAGAGUGUAUUGCGAAAAUCAACCAAUGUUACCUAUUGGCCUUUCAGAUGUCCCAGGCGAAGCAAUGGUGAAACUGUAUUGCCCGAAAUGCCAGGAUGUUUACACACCCAAAUCCUCACGACAUCACCACACAGAUGGUGCUUACUUUGGAACUGGCUUUCCGCACAUGUUAUUCAUGGUACACCCAGAAUAUCGACCAAAACGACCAACCAACCAGUUUGUGUCGCGCCUCUUCGGAUUUAAAAUUCACCCAAUGGCAUACCAGCUGCAGUACCAAGCCUCACAAAAGUUGAAAAACCCUUCUAAGCUCCGUCACUGACUUUCUAAAGAAGCUUGCUGAAAGAAACUUGUACAAAAAGCUCCGCUAGUGUUGUCGUUGCUUUUCCCACUAUACUUUCAAUGGCGAAUUUGUAGCACUUUUUACACGAACCUUACAUUACAGGGUCUUGUUGUGCCGGAAUGCCACUCUGUAUUGUAUCUUUGUCACCUAAACUUAUGGCACGAAAAAUACAAAAUUAUGAUCAAGAAAAA